AUGGGGUUCGACCGUGUGAUUCAAGACUCGGACGACGAGGAUGACCCUCUAUGCGAGGCUCCGCCCCCGAGAAACCAGUUGCCGAACCCGCCAGAGCAGCAGCAACAAGAUACCAGCAAUGGCAAUAGCAAUGGCAUCGGAGAAAUAAAAAGCAGUCUAAACAAGGACCAAAUUUUAGAAGGACAAGAAGUAUCGCAUAUUGGCGUUAAUUUCGACGAUUUCUUGCAAUCCCAGGAAGCGGCGCAGAACCGGUUAUCUUCGUCGCAGCAGCGAAGAGAAGAGCGAUGGAUUCCGGCUGAAGCUGGGGGCGGAUCGAUUGGGACCAUGAUGACGGAGAUCGGUCUUGCGCAGCAACGCAGUUUUGAUGAUGAUACUCCGACUACUGAUAACCGUGUACCUUUACAAUAUAGCCAAGCGUCCAUUAUCAAGCCGCAACAAUUGGUGGGGGUGGAAGGAAAUGGCUUCAAACUUGGAGAACAUCAGGAGGUUGAGAUGCCAAUGGCUUCCCACAUACCACCACCCGAAGCAUAUCAAUCUACAUUUCAGAACGGAGAACACGAGAUGUAUGGGAAUGGACCUGGCUAUCCAGCACCAGCUGAAACUGCGAAUGGUGCCUAUGAUGGCCCAAAUAUUCCACAAGCAGCGUCCCAUGCCAGUCUGUCAAGUUACGAUAAUACUCAAUCAGCUACCUCAUACAAUAUCUUCGAAGCAUCCUUGAACGCCUCCAUGGAUCCUGGAAACCCGAAUUUCAACACCAUGCUGACCACUGAUACGGUGCAAACCGAGGCUUUACAUAAGACUCCCAAUCGGUCAAAGUCAAUGCAAGCAAUGCCCUAUUAUUCACCACAUGACACGGAACCACUAUCGUCUAUGGCGUCACCAAACUUAAGCAGGUCAAGAAGCGACAAUGCUAGCCAGAAUCUGCCACAGCCAUCUAGCGCCGGCGAUGAACUUGCUGCUCCGGUGGUGAUUGAGAUACCCCCGGUGAAGAAGAAACGCGGCCGCAAGAAGAAACAGGUUUUACCGGAGAAUGAUGAAGAUGAUGAACUAGCUCAAUCGAAUGGACAAGCAUCUGUUCAUCAGAGUAACGAGUUAGAAAAGGAGAUACCUAAGCCGCCAACAAAUGAUGCAGAGCCCCUGGAUAACGGAUCUGGCAUCAACUAUAACGAUGCUUAUCAACAUAAUGAUUCUGCCUUUGCAUCUGGAGCAAUUGAGGCAAACACACGAGCCUUAGAGUUCAGCGGAGUCAAGGUAGCGACCAAUGGUGCUCAAAAUAUACCCAUCGAAAACAACGGGCUCCAGAUCGUCAUACCCCAGGAACAGCCUGCGACAGAAGAAGUCCAUUUUGCCGAGCCCGCCAAAACAACGACCAAAGAGCCGAAAAAGAAGAAACUGAAACGGGGCAAGACAACUUCUGUCACAGUCAAGAAAACAUUUGAUUCAGACGUCGAGGAUGAUGUGAUAUGGGUGGCUGAGAAGCCCUCGAAAUCGAAUAUUGACAUUGAGAAAUUGGCACAGUUGCCUCAAACUACGAAUGAAGAACAACCACAGCCUGAAGCAGCUGCGCCAGCGCCCAAGAAGCGUGGACGCAAGAGAAAGAAAACUCCAGAGCAGAUACCGCCAGCAGAGCCACCCGUUCAAGAACCAGAACCAGUGCACAUCCAGAAUGAACCAGUCGACGUUCCUAAACCGUACAAUAACUUUUCAAUCGUCCUUGACAACACUGUCAAUAAUCCCGAUCAAUCCACGAAUAACGAAAACAUUCCACAAGAUGAUACCGCUACCAACACUGAAACUACACAGGAGCAACCAAACCCUCCCCAUGCCCCUCCUACCGAGACCUCGCCCACAAAACCGACAGCAGGCGCCCCCGAAACCCCCAGAAAACAAGACCUGAACACAGAAAUCUCAACCCCCGCUCAACCCAGCACAGGCAAAGGCCCAAGUAAACAUAGCCCCAUCUCUUCAACGAGCAAGGUCCCUUAUCGUGUUGGUCUGAGUCGUCGAGCUAGGAUUGCUCCUCUGUUGAAGGUUGUUAGACGGUGA